GCCUCGCCGCCCCCCAGUGGGAAUACUCGGGAGUCGGGUGACCCCGGGAGACGCUCCCUCCCCGGCUCGACCCGCGUGUUCACACGUUACACCCGUGCACGGCCUGACCCGGCGGGGGUGGCGGCAGCCGCGGAGGAAGGGGCUGGCCUAGCGGCCCUCUGGGCGCUGCCGCCCGCCCGCCCGCGCUCCUCCUCCCGCGGCGGGGCGGCCCAGGCGAGGCCGAGGCUGUGCAGGCCGGCCGGGCGGGCGGGCGGGGCGAUGAGGCGGCGGGCAUGGCGGCGGCGGCGGCGGCGGGGCCGGGGCCGGGGCCGGGGCUGAGGGCCGAGCUGCGGCUGCUGGAGUCCAUCUUCGGCCGCGACCACGAGCGCUUCCGCGUCGUCUCCUGGGGGCUGGACGAGCUCCUCUGCCACUUCGUCCCCCAGCCCGGCGGCCGCCCCCCGGCGCCGCCCCCCGCGCCCCCGCUCGCCAUCCACUGCAACAUCACGGAGUCGUAUCCCUCGUCCUCGCCAAUAUGGUUUGUGGAAUCAGAUGACCCAAACUUGACCUCGUUGUUAGAGCGCUUGGAGGACAUUAAGAGCAACACUCUGCUUCUCCAACAACUGAAACGCUUGAUCUGCGACCUCUGCCGGCUGUACAACCUUCCCCAGCAUCCCGAUGUCGAAAUGCUAGACCAGCCUCUGCCGGCGGGCCAGAACGGAACGACUGAAGAGGUCACGUCGGAGGAAGAGGAGGAGGAAGAUAUGGGCGAAGACAUCGACCUGGAUCAUUACGACAUGAAGGAAGAGGAGCCCGUCGACGGCAAGAAGUCCGAGGACGACGGCAUCGAAAAAGAAAACCUCGCCAUCCUGGAAAAAAUCCGGAAGAAUCAGAGGCAAGACCACCUAAACGGUGCCGUCUCUGGGUCAGUGCAGGCGUCGGAUCGACUUAUGAAAGAACUCCGGGACAUUUAUAGGUCGCAGAGCUACAAGACAGGAAUUUAUUCAGUGGAGCUUGUAAACGACAGCCUGUAUGAAUGGCAUGUAAAACUUCUAAAGGUUGAUCCCGAUAGCCCAUUACAUAGCGACCUUCAAGUCUUAAAAGAAAAAGAAGGCAUAGAACAUAUUUCGCUCAACUUCUCUUUUAAGGAUAAUUUUCCCUUUGACCCCCCGUUUGUGAGAGUGGUUUCACCGGUGCUUACUGGCGGGUAUGUUCUUGGCGGAGGAGCUCUGUGCAUGGAACUUCUUACUAAACAGGGCUGGAGCAGUGCCUAUUCGACAGAAUCGGUCAUCAUGCAAAUCAACGCUACGUUGGUCAAAGGCAAAGCCAGAGUUCAGUUUGGAGCAAAUAAGAACCAAUAUAACCUAGCAAGAGCACAGCAGUCCUAUAAAUCUCUAGUACAGUUGCAUGAGAAAAAUGGUAUGUAUGGCUGGUUCACACCUCCAAAAGAAGACGGUUAAUCUCAUGGACUUGCGUACCCUUUUGACCACUGUCGACGAAAAAGGUUUCCCUUCCAGCACAGAUUCAAGCUACGAAUGCCCUCGUAACAGCCAUGCUGAACAUUCUAGCUACUAGAUAAUAGUUGGGUAAUCUGUUGACUGUUGCACACCGUAUAAGUUACAGCCGUACAAUGCUGCUCCUGUUGCUGAGUAUCUUGGACCGAACAGUUUGCUGUGUUGCCCCGACGGAUUACGCCUACCAAGGGCCGGUCUUUCCUCCUCGUUUAAAAGCGUCACGUUCUUCGGACAAGGCUUUCGGCUAACUGAAAUGUCAAUUAGUAGGAGACUUUCCGCCCCCGUACCUUUGUGCGCACUUAUCUUUUUUUUUUGUCUGGACAGCAGAGAAAUGCCAUAUAUUUUAUUUCCAGCCAACUGAGUUUAACAGCGCAGGUUUAGUAAGAUGUUACAAAGCUUUUUCUUUCCCCCAGGUCUCCUUAAAAAAUUAGUCUAUAUUUGCGUAUUUUUUUUCCCCUUCCGUCUGGCCUAAAAUGGAAGCCGUUUGUAGCAUUGCCAAAUUCACUGAUAUAUAGGAAAGCUGUAUGUGAAAGCAUUAAACUUUUCCCCCCAUGGCUGUGUGGAGAUAUGAACUGUUUCUUGGAAGAAUUGCCCAUCAGGUGUCUUUACUGCUUAAACAAAGCCAGGCUGUGCCAACAGAACUUUGCAACUAGUCGAUUCCACUGGGACGUCAACGUUUCGCUGGACUGUUCCGCUGUUUGGCUCCUGUUAUGGCAAGGAAGGCGUAGACAUAAAGCUUGAAAUUAUUUUAAAAGAUACCGGGCGCCUUUCCUUGAAGCGUUCAGUUUCGUUAACGGGUCGUUGCAAUCCUUCAUAGUCUUAAUGAACUCCUGAAGUGACCGGCACAAAUCAAGAAAACGUUCCUUUUUGUUGGGAAGAAGAAGUGACCGUAGCGAGUCCUGCCAACCCAUUGAUUCGGAAUUUUUGUUACAAAAAGGUUGCCAUAGUCUUGAUGAUGGUUUUUGUUGAAAAACUAACGGGAAUCGCUUUUCCUUUUUAAGAAAUGAACUAAAGCUGGUAACUACUUAUGUAUCUCCUUGCCUUAUCUUUAAAAAUAAUAAAAUCAGGGUUGGGGGAGGGGGGUUUGGUAAUUCUUCUGUUCACAGGAGUUGAAUGAAAGGUAUAAGCACUUUUUUUUAAAAGUCCAGAAUUGUCUCUUCUCUCUUCACCCACUUGAAAGCUAUCAAGAGCAAGCUUUACCUCAGUACCCAGGGGGCUCCGGGCAUUUGUUCAUACAUGCUGGGCCUCUUCUCACUUCGGAGAACAAUUUUCAAGGAUUUGGCCCGGUGAAAGACUGUUUCUUGGAAUGCUUACAGACAUCUUCCCAGCCUCUCCCCUUUAUUUGGUUGUACAUGUUCAGUCGUAUAAAAUCCUGUUAUGUCAAAGGUCGAAUUCUGUAAUCCCUUCUUUUUACAGCUCCUGUUAAAUCCUGAGGCUGCAUCUUUAAAAAAAAACACCAUUAUUCAAUCCUUUAAUAUUCUAAUGGACUAGCAGAACAACAGGUACACACUUGGCUAUGCUUUUUUUAGUUCCAUUUUUCAUUGCAGAAUUAUUUGGCGGUGUACAGUAAUCUGUAAACUUGCAUCAAGUUUAUGAAUAAAGAACUCUUUUAAGAA